AUGAACACAAAGCUUGCAUUGGCCAUGGUUCAUGCUGGUGUCGGGGUCAGACAAAUAAACAGUAUUUUGUCUACUUUAAACAUACCCGCUGUCAACCACACCAUGCUCAUCAGAAGACAAAACGAGGCUGGACAAGCUGUCGAGGAGGUGGCAAAGUCAAGUGCGGAUACAUUCUUGCAAGAAGAAGUGCAUUUUAAUGAAAUGCCUAACAAUGAGAUUGAUGUCAGUGUGGAUGCAGGAUGGCAGAAAAGAGGCAGUGGAAGGGCGUAUGAUAGUUUAUCAGGACACUGCUCAAUGGUCGGCACGAAGACUGGCAAGGUCUUGGCAUACGCAGUCCGUUGCAAAACCUGCAGAGUAUGCAGUCAGCAUAAGAAAAAAGGUAAUGACCCAUGCAAGCUACACGAUUGUAGAAAAAAUUGGAGUGGUUCAGCAAAGGCCAUGGAACCAGACAUGGUCACUGAAAUGAUCAUUGAAACUGCCAAAAAAGGUGUUAAGGUUACAGGGAUAGUUGGUGAUGAUGACACCACAACAGCAGCAAGACUGAAAACCAAUGUUCCCCAUAUGGUAGAGAAAAGAUCUGACAAAAAUCAUGUGAAAAAAAUUCUGGCCAAUUGUUUGUAUGGCAUGCAAAAGAACUUUCCAACUUUAAGCACAAACAUUAUCUACUAUUUACUUAAAUUAUUCAACUACAAUAUAUCACAGAAUAAACAAAACCCUGUCGGCAUUUCACGUGGUAUGGAUGCUGUUGUUGGACACGUGUUUGGUGAUUAUUCUUUCUGUGAUGACACAUGGUGCAGGUUUAUUCACAACAGCUCUGCUAAAUAUUUCUCCUUACCCUAUGGAAGACCACUGACCAACCCUUCACUGACGGCGGCAUUGCUUGAUGUUUUUGGUGCUUAUAAAAAAAUAGCCCCCAAAUUAAGCAUGUUGGGCAGUACUCAAGCCAACGAGAGUCUCAACAAGUACAUAGCCAGCAAAGCUCCCAAACAGCUUCAUCUUUCUGGGUCAGCUAAUUUGAAUUUUAGGGUUGCUGCUGGUGUAGCACAGAAAAACCUUGGAAGCUGUUAUCUCACAAAUGUUAAUCAGAAACUGGGUGUUUCACCCGGUACUUUCACGUCAAAACUGGCUCUUCUCCGUGACCUUCAGCACAAGAAAAGAAAGACCAUAGCUGUUACUCGUGCAGCAAAACAGCGACGCAUAAGACUCAAACUGGAACGGCAUUCAAAGGACAUAGUGCAAGAAGUACGAGAGGGACCAACGUACAGUUCAAACAUAGAGGACCAAGAUGUUGAACUUACAACUAUACCCCCACCUGUACCCAAGCCUGGUCCAGCAGGACUAGACACUACUGGGAAGGAAUUUGUUUUCUUUGAUUUGGAAACAACAGGGUUAGAGCGUACUUCUCACAUAAUUCAGAUAGCUGCAGUGCAUACAAUUGGUCAGUUUUCAACAUAUGUGAUGCCAGAGAAGAAGAUGUCCUUGAAAGUAUCAGAAAUAACUAGAGUGACUGUUGUUGGCGAGUCUAUGCUUGUCAAGGGACAAACAGUAACAGCUGUCCCAAUCAAAUCUGCAUUGACAAGUUUUAUAACAUUCUUACAGAAAUGUUCACCAGUUAUUUUAGUUGGGCAUAAUAUAGAGUCUUUUGAUUGUAAAGUGUUGCUCCAUGCUAUCCAUUCUUGUGGAAAAAUGUUUGAGUUUCAGCAAGAAAUAUUACCAGAUAUGAAAUCAUAUAAGCAGGAAAAUUUAGUUAAAGACGUCAUUGGUGAAUCAUACAUGGCACAUAGCGCUCUACAGGAUGUUUUAGCGUUACAAAAGUUAUCACAACAAAAACAACAUCACCGCGUGGGCCCCAAAAAGUGCCACUGCCUAUGGGCCUCAACGGUUCUUAAACCGGCACUGGUUGUACCAGUACUAACGAAAUCGAGGAAAGCCAGUAUACGAGUCUGA